AUGUCUGAAGAUUACGGUGCCUACCAGACAGAGAUAUAUGGCAAAGGGUAUUUGAAGGGUGAUCUGCCGAAUGUGACAACGGACCCUCGUCUGCUGGAAGAACAGGCACGCAAAACAUUGGGGGUUCACGCCUUCAAUUAUGUUGCAGGAGGAGCGGGAGAAAAGGCCACGAUGGACAGCAAUCGACUAGCCUUUCGCCAGUGGAAAUUAAUCCCAAGGAUGAUGCAGCCUAUGAACAACCAGGACCUUUCCGUCAAUUUGUUCGGUCAACACUACGACACACCGGUUAUCAUGGCUCCAGUCGGCGUACAAAGCCUAUUCCACGUGGAUAAAGAGACAGGGCUUGCCGAAGUCUGUGCAGAAGUCGGUAUACCCUACACUUUGAGUACUGCGAGUAGCAGCUCGAUCGAAGAUGUUGCGACUGCAUCUGGUAAUGGAAAGAGAUGGUAUCAGCUCUACUGGCCGGAAGACGAUGCUAUAACCAUCUCUCUUCUUAAACGAGCCAAGGAGAACGGAUUUUCGGUCUUGGUGGUCACUCUCGACACCUGGAGCCUUGCCUGGCGCCCUGCUGAUCUGGACAACGCUUAUGUCCCAUUCAUUCGCGGUAUCGGCAACGACAUUGGUUUCACAGACCCUGUAUUCCGUUCGAUGUACGAGUCGGACUCGGAUUCGAAAAUUGAAGACAACAUCACUGCUGCAUCGCGGGCAUGGAUUCAACAAGUAUUUUCCGGGCAGCCACACACCUGGGAGCAACUGGACCUGUUACGCAAAAAUUGGGAUGGCCCCAUUGUUCUCAAAGGCAUCCAGCACGUUGAUGAUGCAAAAUUGGCUCUCAAAGCUGGGUGCGAUGGCAUUAUAGUCUCCAACCAUGGUGGUCGACAGUUGGACGGGGCUAUUGGGUCUCUCGAGGUGCUGCCGGAGAUUGUAGACGCUGUUGGAGAUAGAAUGACCGUUCUUUUCGACUCGGGCAUACGUACCGGUGUCGACGUGAUCAAAGCUCUCUGCCUCGGAGCAAAGGCCGUGUUGGUAGGCCGGCCUGUCAUCUAUGGCCUGGCGAUCAACGGCAAGCUGGGAGCCAAGGCAGUCAUGAAAGGCUUACUGGCAGAUCUAUGGUUGAGUAUGGGCCUCUCGGGAACUCCUACCGUGGCCGAGUGUGACCGAAGCAAGAUUCGCAGGGUCCAGUAUCCCGGGGAUCUCAAAGCAAUGAUGUAA